AGCAGUUAUACCUAGUGUAAUUGUUUUUUGAAGAUUAAAUUUGUAACUUCAAGGGUAGUGUUGUGUUACCAACGUACUAAAGAUGAAGUGCAAGAGCAAGGACACCACAAUACGUAACACGAAAACGCUGGUUCUGUUGUUAGCAGUUGGGGUCAUAUUACUCGUCAUACCGAUAGUAUCGAUGUUUUUGGAUCCCCAAUACCAAAUCAUGAUAUAUAUGACGAGAAUAGCAGUGGGAUCUAAGUUCUACAAAAUCUUCGCACGUGAAAAUGUGGCUACCUUGGUACAAGUCUACGUGUUUAACGUCACCAACGCCGAAGCGUUCCUGUCCGGGGAGGACCACAAGCUACGGAUUGAGGAAGUUGGCCCUUUUACUUACCAAGAAUACCAAAAGAAUGAUAAUUUCGAGGUCGACGAAGAAGCUGGUGUGAUGAGGUAUAAACCACUCGUUAGGACAGAGUUUCGACGAGAUCUAUCCAUUGAUGACCCAGAACUCGUUAAUAUCACCGUCCCUAACGCUGCAAUGUUGGCCAUAUCCUCAAUGCUCAGCUCUUACUCUUACUGGACGAAAGCUGGAUUUACACUUCUGGCGGAUCGUCUACAAUCAAAGCCAAUUAUCGAUGCUGAUGUCCACAGCUACCUCUGGGGCUACGAUGAGCCGUUGAUAGCCUUAUCAAAUACUUUGAUGCCGGGCUGGAUUACUUUCAGCAAAAUGGGAAUUUUGGAUCGACUAUAUGAUCAAUCAUUUAUACCCGUGUUGGAGGUGAGCACCGCUUCUCUGGAUAAGUUCCAGGUAAAGAAAAUCGAUGGCAGCUCUGGUUUAAAAAUUUGGGGCUACGAUAAUCCAAGCAAGCGGACGCGUUGCAACACAUUAGUAGAUACGUAUGAAGGGUACGCAUAUGCGCCAAGAUUAACCCGCAAGGAUUCCAUCAGACUGUAUCGGAGUUCUUUCUGCAGGAUGUUAGACCUUAGCUACGUCGGCACCACGACCACGGAUGUCACAUCCGAGGCCUUCGUCUAUCAGAUCAGUAAUAAAAGUUAUUCUAUCGAUCCUAGUACUGAGUGUCUUUGUGGAGAAAUAAAUGAAUGCAUUGAUGGAAUUUCCGACAUAUCUCCGUGUCUGUUCGGUCUCAAUAUUGCUUUAUCUAAUGGCCACUUUUUGUAUGCUAAUCCCAAAGUGUAUGAGCGUAUUGAGGGCAUGCGUCCUGAUGAGAAGGAACAUGGAAGUGAAUUUGUAAUAGAACCGAAAGUGGGAGCAGUACUUGGUGGACGAUUUACUUUACAAGUAAAUGUAAUUAUUAAGGACGUCAAAUUCUACUCUCGAGUUCGACCAUUCUCAGGAAUGGUCGUACCUCUCGUCUACUUUAAAAUUGUUCAGCCCCAGUUAGGAGAAGAAGAUAAGAACGAUAUAAAAAUGUCCAACUAUGUUCUACCCUAUAUCGUUCAUGGCGUGGAAGUGGUAGUACUCAUAACAGGCUUGACAAUUUUAGUAUACGCUCUCCGUCAGAUGUAUUUAAAAUGGCUUUGGUCUGAUAGUCACAAAAAUAAUGAUAAACAUAACGGUAAUCUUUAG